AUGAGCGCCGACGCUGCAUCAGGGGCGCUAUCGCGCGGCGCGUUAGAAAUCAUCUUCAACGAUGCCAGCAAGGCUAGCAAGCUGUUUCCAGUUCCAGUUCUGCAAGUCCUACAAGUCAAGCAGAUGAACCCUUCGGCGCAAGCGGCUGGCGAGCGGUGGAGGCUUGUGGUCUCGGACGGCCAGCACUAUGUGCAGAGCAUGCUCGCCACGGGCGCGAACAAGGUGAUUCACGAGGGCAAGCUUGAGCGAGGGUGCUUGGCGCGCAUCAAGCAGUACCAGCCCAAUAACUUGAAGGGCAAAAACAUUCUCGUCAUCCUGGACAUCGAGGUGUGCGAGGACCUUGGCGUUCACGAGAAGAUUGGCGAGCCGACAGCCAUGGACGCCGCGCCCCAGCCCGCUCCGGCCGCCGACAAUGCGAUAUCCGGCAACGAUUUCUACGGCGCGAAGAAGGAAGAGAGCAAGUCCCAGGUCAAGCAGACCAUGGCCUCACGACCAGCCGCUAGCCAUGGAGGGGCGACGAUACACCCGAUCGAGGGCAUUUCUCCAUUCACACACAAGUGGACUAUCAAGGCCCGAGUCACAGUCAAGUCAGAUAUCAAAACGUGGCACAAGUCAACAGGCGAGGGCAAGCUCUUCAGCGUCAACCUGCUGGAUGAGAGUGGCGAGAUCAAGGCCACCGGAUUCAACGAUCAGUGCGACGCCUUCUACGAUCUCCUCCAGGAAGGCUCCGUCUACUACAUAUCCACUCCCUGCCGGGUGCAGCUUGCAAAGAAGCAGUUCAGCAACCUGCCCAACGACUACGAAAUUACAUUUGAACGUGAGACUGUCAUCGAGAAAGCCGAUGACCAGUCAAGCGUCCCACAGAUGAAGUUCAACUUUUGCAAUAUACAAGCACUGCAAGAUGUGGAGAAGGACAAUACUGUCGAUGUCAUCGGUGUUCUGAAGGAGGUGGGCGAAGUGUCAGAGAUCAUCUCGAAGAAGGAUGGCCGACCGUUCCAGAAGCGAGAGCUCACCCUCGUGGAUGAUACUGGCUACUCCGUUCGUGUCACAGUCUGGGGCAAGAUCGCCAACAAUUUUGAUGCCCAGCCCGAGUCCGUCGUUGCCUUCAAGGGUACUAAGGUAUCCGACUUUGGUGGCAAGAGUCUGAGUCUAUUGUCGUCGGGCACCAUGUCCUUGGACCCAGAUAUUCCUGACGCGCACAAGCUGAAGGGCUGGUACGACUCGGCCGGCCGCACCAACACUUUUGCAUCCCAUCAGAAUAUGGCGAGUAUGGGAGGUGCCACUGGUCGCAAGGACGAGAUCUUGACGAUCCGCAAGGUCAAGGACGACAACCUUGGGCACGACGAGGCCGCGUACUUCUCCAUCAAGGCAACCAUUGUCUUUGCAAAGCAAGAAAGCUUCUCGUACCCUGCUUGUCCGGGAGCGAACUGCAACAACAAAAAGGUGACGCCGCUAGGUGACGGCACCUUUCAGUGCGAGAAGUGCAACAUUGCACACGAGAAGCCCAACCAUCGCUACAUCCUCAGCUUGAACGUUGCGGACUUUACCAACCACCAAUGGCUGACCUGUUUUGAUGAAACGGCCCGCAUUGUCAUGGGCAUGGACGCGAACGAACUAAACGAGAUUCGUGAAAACGAUGAUGUUGCCUUCCAAGAAGUCUUUAAUGCGGCCACACUCAAGAAGUUCCACUUCAGGUGUCGGGCCAAGACCGAUAAUUUUGGCGACACCCCGAGGGUGCGGUACCAGGUUAUGAGUGUGACGCCCAUCGACUUCAAAGCCGAGGGCGAGAGGCUGAAUGGACUCAUCCAACAGCUUGAGGCCAUGUAG